AAUAAUAGUUAAGCAAUCUAUUAAAGGAGGCUCCUCUCAAAUGAAAGAUUUAGGAUUCGGUAGAAUUAAACUUCCCAAAGAAAAAGGUGCACGACGAGACGCGUAACAACAAGAAAGAAAGAAAAACGAUGAGAAGACGACGACUCCACAGGUUGGAGCGAGUCUGCGUAGCGUCGCGACGCCUCGCAACAUCAGUGAUGCUCAAGCAGUCGCGCUUCCGCUUCUCGCCUGUUGACACAGCAUCUUGAGCAUCCCCUCAUCAAAAAGAAAAACUAAUUGGGAAAUGCCCGAAAGACGCGAGCAGAAACAAUAAAAUGUAGUUAGUUUCAAAAAAAAACAAAAAAAAAACAUAAAACACUAAGUGAGUGAGGACCGAACUCGAUAAAGUGAUGUGAUGUGAUGUGAUCAGAUGAGAUGAGAUAAAUUGGACAAAGACAAAGAUGAACGAGUCGGACAUGAAACACCACCAUUACAUCUUGGAGGUGUUCCAAUAUUACUACACCCCGAUCCUGGUGCACCUCGGGGCUCUGGGAAACGCUCUCUCCGUGUACGUGAUCUUCAGGACGAAGCUGAGGAAACUGUCGUCUUCGUACUAUCUUGUUGCGUUGUCGAUCAGCGACACGAUUUUCCUGAUCACCAUCUUCAUACUGUGGCUGCAGAUGAACGGCAUCAACAUCUUCAACAAACCGAUCGUAUGUCCGCUGAUGAUCUACCUGUCAGGUGUGGUGGGAUGCAUGAGCGUGUGGGUGGUGAUGGCCUUCACGGCCGAACGCUUCGUCGCCGUCAUGUAUCCACUGAAAUCGAAGUUCAUGUGCACCGUCUCGAGGGCGAAAAUCAUCAUAUUCACACUGCUCUCGAUAGCGAUGAUCGUCUACAGCCCUCAGCUGCUCUUCGCCGACGUCAUCGAUCAUCCGGUGACGAAUAAAUCCGUGUGCGACGUGAAAGCCGAGUGGCAGAGAGAGGCGCACAUCUUCAACAUCUUCGAUUUCAUAGCCACCUUCGUCGUGCCGAUGUCCGUCAUCACCGUGCUCAAUGCGUGCAUCAUCAAGAACAUCUGGAAGUUCUCCGAAGUCCGCAGGAAGCUGACCAACACGAAACUGGAGGGAAACGCGGCGAGAUCUCGCAAAUCCAAGAACAAAUCCUCGCAGAACCUCACCAAGAUGCUGGUGAUCGUAUCCACCGUUUCGGUCGUCAUGAAUCUGCCAAGCUACAUCUGCCGGAUCCUAGCGUACCUCAUCGCGGCCGACGUCCUCGGUGUUCCUGCUUCGAUGAUAGACUCGUUCAUCCUGUUCCAACAGCUCAGCCAGAUCCUGUUCUACACGACUUUCGGGAUCAACUUUGCACUGUAUUGCAUCAGCGGACAGAACUUCAGGAGAUCGGUGGCCACGGUUUUCAGAAUGUGCAACAACGACAGACCUAGCGAAAACUCACCUAUGCCAGAUAACAAGACCCAAUCGACUGGAUCGACGGGUUCAAAGAAGAGGAGAACGCCGACCAGGUGGGUCGAGGAGGUCCUUUGAACAAUUGCAAAUAUUUUGUCCGUUUUUAAGGGGUUUCCGUAUACUCCCCUGUUCUGUUUAUGUUUUCGUACAAAUCUGUUGUGGAAAACGUAUCGAAUUUCAUUUUGUAAACACUUCAGAAUCGAACCACUCUCGGCGUUUUUGAACCGCUCCGACCUAAGUCAAAAACGUAGUUAGUCAUGAUAAAACCCGACGCAUCCACCGACGUCUAUGUACUCAAUGUCAAUGUUUCAAUGUUGUGAUAUUCCGUAGUUGUUUGUAGCUGCUCUACGUGUUGGAACCUGUUGAAAUUCCGGAUUCCCAUAAUUAUUAAAAUUUGCUUAUUGAUUGCAAUUAUGACCAUAGUAUAUAAUCGUUAAAUAAAUGUCCAAUGAUAAAUGAAUUAAAUCUAGUAGCAUUGUUCUGUCAGGUUGUCGGAGCAGAUUCGAGUGUGUAGAUGAAAUCCAAAAACAGAAAUCGAAUGUAAUUAUACCUGUAGUGUAGUGUGUUUCAAUAAAGAAGAGUUCGUUUCGUUCGUUCACUCUGUUUGUUUGCUUGCUUUUUGUGUGACGACACCCGAGUAGAACGAAAUGUCUUUGCUGAAGAAGCUGAAACGGAAGAGACGGUUGCGGCACAAUUUCAGCUAU